UGUGUGUUUGUGUAAUUGACCGAAAAACAGAAAGGAGGCUGAAAUCGCGGAUUUUAAUUUAUAGAAAACUAAUAAAAAAAAAUACACAAAACCAUGCCUGAAUCGGAAGUUACUAAAAUGAAGGUGGCCGAUUUGAAACGUGAGCUUAAAGUGCGUGGCCUUGCUACCACUGGCAACAAAACGGAACUUCAAGACCGCCUGCAGACAGCACUAAUUGAUGGCGACAUUUCAUUGGAAGAUUCAGCUAUCACCAAUGAAGAUGCUCUGCUUGAUGAAGAUGCCGUGCUGACCGAUGAGGAAGAGUCGCCAAUAGCUGCAGAUGAAAAUGAGUUACUCAAGAGUCCAACCAGUACACCAACGGCUUCCGAAUUAGCUUCACCUCUAAACGAAAACAAGCCUUCCGUUGAUACCACUAACGCUAAAAAGAUUAUAUUAAAGCGCAAAGCAAGUGACGGCGAAAACACUCUGGGCGUUACAGAAAGCACUAACGCUUCAGGCACAUCGAAGGAGAAUACAGAGCCACCAAAGGAUAAAGUUUUAAAAAUGAGCGAACGUAAUCCUAUUACCGUGAGUGAUCUCAAGGCGAAAGAAACCUCAAAUGCUAAAACAAAUAGUGGUACAACAAGCGUCGGUGAUUCUGCCGGUGGUAAAAAAGUAGUACAGUUAAGUCAAAUGGAGCGGCUUGAGCUUCGUGCCAAAAAAUUCGGCUUGGGAUCAAAUUCCAGCACUGAUCCAACUAAAACUACAAUUAAACCGACCAGCAAUGCGAAAGUAAUAACUGGCAUCAGUGGACCACCUAUUGUUAACGAUGCCAAGCAAAUUGAAAUGCUUAAAAAACGAGCUGAACGCUUUGGCUGUGUCGUAUCCUCGAAAAUGGCUCAAAUCGAUGCGGCGGAGAAGUUGCAGAAACGAAAAGAACGUUUUGGAGUGGCAAACUCGGCAGGAUCAUCUGCUACCGUUGGAUCGGCAAAAACAAAUGACUUAUGGGCGGAGAAGGCUCGCGCCCGUUUGGAACGUUUUAAGAAUACAUCAACAGCACCAGCAUCUGAGAAAAAAGCGAGUAGUGUAAAUACGGAAAAUGAUGAGGCGAAGAACGAACCAGCAGCAAUAGUCACCCCAUCCGCAACGCCGACCACAGUCUCAAGCAAUUAGGACCAGCCAUUCAACCGAUAGCAUAACACUAACUUCAAGUGAAUAUGCGUAUUUUAUUUGAAAUACAAAUGUAUCGUUUUAAGAACAUGUCUUUCUUAUUAAUCACCAAAUAAAAAUUCCAAUUAACAUA